AUGGACUUGCAACAGCUUGAAAAAUCUGUAUAUGGUGAUGUCGAAAACGAUGCCGAUCUACUGGCCGAAUUAUAUGCUUUAGAAGCUGAAGAAAAGAAGAAAAAUCCAACUGAUUUUAUAUCACAGAAUUCUAAAAAAUCUCAUUUUUCUGCUGCCAAAGGCGCCUCGGAUAAUUUCAAUUUGCCAGCUGAUGCUUUGAAGAGCGCGUUAGAAGAUAUUGACAGCGAUAGUGAACCGGCGAACGACGAAGAUUUGGAUGAUCCAGAGCUGUUGGUAGAAUUUGCCAACUUGGUUGAUGCGGAUAAUGAUGGGUCUUCAAAACCUAAAACGUCGCGUCAUGGCGAAACAUCUAACGCGAAGGCUUCUGUUGUUGAUAAAGCUAUGUUGCUAAGACUCCAGGAUUUACAAAAGAACUACAAGGCUUUAAUCAAGUCUGCGUCAGAUAAUGCCCCGAAAGUGAGAAGGUACCAGAGGUCUUUAAAUAAGAUUGAAGAAUGCAUGGAAAAAGUUCGGUCUGGAAAAAGCAUCGAUGAGAGCGAAAUCCCUGUGGCACUUCCCAUUCCUAGUAACGCAAUUAAUGACAGCUUGACUUCUACGGAAACUACCAAGUCCACAAAAUCUACAGUCUUGCCGAAACCUAGUACCCCUCCUAGAAUUGCCAAGAAACCUACUUCUCCUAAGAUUACUGUGGAGACUCCACAGAUGGAAAACCCGCCAGAAGUUGUGAACAAAUCACCCACUACAGCAUCUGUGGAACCUCCUUUGAAAAUUUCUAAUCUUCCUUCUCCCUCCAACACUCCCCAGUCUCCUGCGGCAAGUGUUCCUCAUAAUGAGUCACCUGAGAGUUCUAAAUGUUUAAAAGCGGACCAGAUUAUGGAACUGUUACAGGCAAGACGUGCAGCAUAUCUGAAGAACGCGAAACUUGCGAACGAUGCAAAUGAUAAGCAUAGUGCUUUCGGCUUUUUCACUGUGGUUAAACAGUUUGACCAAGCCAUAGCGAUGGUCGAAAAAGGAACGGUUUUAGAAUGUAAUGAGGAUGACCUUCCACCUUUUCCACCUCCAUAUCGUCCUAUUAGUGUUGAAAUACCCCCCGCCCCAAAGACGUUGAUGGAGGGACUUACACAGCGUCUUGAUAAGUACAGAAGUUUCUGUGAGGAAAACAAAAAGAAUAACGAUGAUCGGAAAUUUCGUAUGAACACUCGCAUAGUUAAGCGCUAUCAAGAGGCUAUUCGUGCUUUAAAUUCAAAACAGCCUUACAACUUCGACGAAUUGCCUUGCCCUCCUGGCUAUCCUCCUCUGCCGCAGCCAAAAAAGACAUCUAUCACUACAGGAAAUGCCCAAUCAAGCAACAUUGCGACAGCGGAUAGGGCGAAGCCUGUGGUAAAACCUAAAAAACCCCAACCUACUCUGGGCACUGGUGGCGUGAGUAAAACCGGAGGAGCUUUACGGAAUAAUCAGAAGGUUCAAGUUGAAUUCUUACUCAAAAGGCAGUUACAGUUCAAACAAGCUGCAGUUCUGGCAAAGAAUCAGAAGGACAUAGCUUUGGCAAAAAAAUACCUGGUCACUGCGAAAUCUUUUGACGUUCUUAUUGCUAACGUUGAGGCCGGAAAACGAGUAGAUAUCCGAAAUUUGCCAGUUCCUCCACAGGUUCAACAACCUGUGUCUGUUGUAAAACCAUCAAUCAAGCCUCAGAAGGCUGAAGAAGAUUUUGAAGUAAUUGAAGGUUCUCGAGAAAGUAUAUAUGCCACUUUGGAAGAAGACUUGGUGAGGCAAGUGAAGCUGUGCAGUGAAAAUAGAAUUGGGUUUACGAGGCUUGGAGAUGUUGUAAGAGUGGACGUUUUUGAGGAGCUUUUGAAAGAAAGUAAGCUAGAUUUGUCUUAUCUACGACAGCUAUAUCAAUCAAGUGGUGCAGUACCAAAGUUCCGCUACGAAACUCGAGAUCUUCCUUCUACCGAAAUGUGUCCUGAUGUUAGCGAGAAUUUUAUGGAAUUAACAGUAGUACGGGUAGUGGAUGCAAAGUUACCAUCAGGUUCGCAUGCAUCAUUGCUGUGCUUUGCGCCGUAUUGGCGUGGUAAUCGCAGGUCUCAUCAAAACAAAGUGUCGAGAUGGAAGCCGUCUGAUGGAAAUAUCUUUGUAAGGUACGAAUUUGCUUUCCCUCACGAUGAACACCAGUCUGGGAAAACUAAGGUUUACCAAAAGGGUGGUUUUCUAAGAAGUGAUAGGUUACUUGGAACGGCUGAUUGUAAACUUACCAUCCUUGAGAACAAAGCCAAGGUACAUGAGGCGGUCGAGUUAAUGGAGGGAAGGAAAAUAGCUGGCGGAAGAAUUGAAUAUAGAGUUCGACUUAAAGAGCCUUUGGGCGAGAACAAACAACAAAUCACCAAACAAAAAUGGCUGGUUUUGGUCAAGUCUGUGUGA